CAGUCAACGUGUUAGAAGAAAAUCCUCUCACCUUCAGCUGCUACCGGAUAUAAUUGGAGCUACGACUUUUUCUCUCAUUGACUGACAGGAUUGAGAUGUUACAUUUUAGGUCCUCGACACUGCUGAAGGAGUUGUUUGAAACCACCCUCAAGCGUCCCUUGUCCAGCUCCAGACAGAAGACCUGGUUACCGACUAGCCGCCGCUGCUUCGGCACCGCCUCCACUGAUGCCAGAUCUCUGUCUAAUCAACUGAAGCUCCUCCAUGCCGCUACCGCGCGCCGCCCGACUCUCCGCGCCGCACCCUUCGCCGCACCGUUCCGCUCGUACUGCGUGAAAACCGAGGGUGCAGUACAGCUGGACGAGCAGCUGAAGAAGGAUGGUGUCAGCGGGGAAACAGGCAGUGACAAGAGAAGAAAAGCAGCAGGAAUUCUCCCCAGUUUGGAGGACUUGCUCUUCUACACAGUCGCAGAAGGUCAAGAGACGAUUCCUGCUCAUAAAUUCCUCACAGCGCUUAAAACCACUGGGCUUCGCACAGGAGACCCCAGACUGAAGGAGUGCAUGGACACACUUAAAGAAACUUUAAAGAACACACCAGAUGGCGUCACCCUGGACCGACACCAGUUCAAAAAGUGUGUCCAGAGCAACAUUGUCCUGCUCACUCAGGCCUUCCGCAAGAAGUUCGUCAUCCCAGACUUCCAGUCCUUCACCUCCCAUAUUGAUGAGCUGUAUGAGAGUGCCAAAAAUCUCUCUGAAGGGCAGGUUGCAGACUACAUUCCUCAGCUUGCCAAAUUCAGCCCCGACCUGUGGGCGAUCUCUGUGUGCACGGUGGAUGGACAAAGACACACAGUUGGAGACACAAAGGUGCCCUUCUGUCUGCAGUCUUGUGUCAAGCCGUUGAAGUACGCUGUUGCUGUUCAUGACCAUGGCACAGAGUACGUCCACAGUUUCAUUGGGAAGGAGCCCAGUGGCCUGCGCUUUAAUAAGUUAUUCCUGAAUGAAGACGAUAAGCCCCACAACCCCAUGGUGAACGCUGGCGCUAUUGUUUGUACUUCACUGAUAAAGCAAGGUGCAAGCAACGCAGAAAAAUUUGACUAUGUCAUGAACUUUCUGAAAGACAUGGCGGGACAUGAAUACGUGGGUUUCAGCAACGCCACAUUCCAGUCGGAGCGUGAGUCAGGGGACAGGAACUUCGCUAUUGGCUACUACCUGAAAGAGAAAAAGUGUUUCCCAGAGGGGACGGACAUGACAUCCAUCCUGGACUUCUACUUCCAACUGUGCUCCAUUGAGGUGACCUGUGAGAGCGCCAGUGUCAUGGCCGCCACCUUGGCUAAUGGUGGUAUCUGUCCAAUCUCGGGUGAGCGGGUGUUGAGCCCAGAGGCAGUGAGAAACACCCUAAGUCUGAUGCACUCCUGUGGCAUGUACGACUUCUCGGGACAGUUUGCUUUCCAUGUCGGUCUGCCAGCCAAGUCUGGAGUAUCAGGAGGGAUCCUGCUGGUUGUACCCAACGUGAUGGGUAUUAUGUGCUGGUCGCCUCCACUCGACAAGCUGGGCAACUCAGUGAGAGGGAUACAGUUCUGCACGGAUCUUGUGGAGCUUUUUAACUUCCAUAACUACGACAACCUGAGGCACUUCGCCAAGAAGCACGACCCCCGCAGAGAAGGAGGGGACCAGAGGCUGCACUCCUUCGGACCCAUGGAUUACGAGAGUCUCCAACAAGAGCUAGCUCUGAAAGCCCCUCUUUGGAAAAAGGUGUCCCCCACUGAGUCGCACCAGGACAGCUCCACCACUGUAGUCUAUAGGAUGGACAAUGUCGCCGAGUGAAAUAAUAUCAGAGGAGACCUACCUGACCCCCACACUCCCACAGUCACCCCCACCUCAACUGAUUGCUCACCCCACCCACCUCAAACAGCACCAUCAUCUUCCCUCACCUUCAGAUAUUUAUAUUUAAGUUAUGAAGAGGAUUAUUUAUUGCUUGUGAAGUGCAAGUGUUAUGGCUUGGAUGGACUGGGAAACUUCCUCUGUUUUAUUUGUGAUGAAAAUGGGACGAGUACUUGUUUUUCUUUUAUUUUCAUCUGAUUUCCAAAUGAACGUGUAGCCUCGUCCUGUUUGUUGCCUUAGUUUGUGCAGGAUCUGAUGUUUAGUGUAGAGGUGCUGCUGAUGUUUCAUCACACCUACCCUUACUGCAGAAUCCUCUAAAAAUGUAGGCUAAGAGUUGAUAUGAAAUUCAUUUGCAUUUUAAGCAACAGCCCAAAAAAAAAAAGUAUGAAUGUGUUUGCACAAGAGGAGCUUCAGUCGAGCCAGUUAAAGGAGUCGGUCUUUAAAUGUACAUUCAGACUACUUUUAUAAGGGGAUUUCUCCCUGUAGCUCACACUGAAGCCUCAGACUUCUGUGACGUGAACAUAUAGGAUGAUUUACUGUAGCAGUGGAUGAAAAUGCCAGUUUUUGUUGAAAAGUUUUGGGUUAAAGGAGAAUAAUGUUGACGGAUGAGUUAGCUGUGAAUGUCUGGCCUUGAGUGCAGCAGUGUUACGUCAAACAUGACCUAGUUUCUCAUUUAAAAAAUGAACUCUGACUACUGAAGGGAAUUAAAUAAUGCAGGUAUGUUUUUUCAACCCUACGCUGUGACCUUGAGAGGAGAAAUCAACCCAAUAACAAAACACUUGUAAAAGUUUGUAUCAUGACAGUGCAACGUUUCUCAGCCUUCUGAAAUUAUCUGAGCCGAUUACAAAGAUUGAGAUGUAAAUUAUAUGCGCUUUAUUAAUGUUAAAGUAGGACAUUCGCGAUAAACAAGCACCUGCUUCAGCUUUUAAGGACUGGAUUUUUCUUGAGAUGCUGAAAAUGGAUGAAAGGGAGAUAUUUAUGGUUAUGAGAUUAACUAAGAACCUUUCGUUGGAGUCACUUUGCAUGCAACAUGAGUUGCAGAAGAUUUUAGGAUGUGCAUAGUUGUAUGUUUUGAUUUAGGACUGCACAGUUACUUGGAAUAUUCUCAUAAUAAUCAUAUGGUCAAGUGAAAGGUCACCUACACUUAAGCUUCAAUUUAUUAAUACUGUACUUUGGAUUCUUACAAGGGAUAGAUUGACAGAAUGGCCAAAAUUAAAAUUACAAUCAUUUUGAUUGAUUUUGGGAUAAUUUUUAUCAUACAUACCCCUUAAUGCAUAAAUUUGAUAUAAUUUAAUACAUUUGUAGUGUUGCCUUGAGAGGCAGCCAUGACUUUGUGACAAAUUUUGCAAAUGAUUUGUCAUCGUUCCAGGUCCAACUUCUCAAAACCAGCAUAAUUCCCUUUUACAUUCUCUGUUAUUAACCAACAGCUGCCUUUCUGCCAUCUUCUUUAGCUCUCUCACUUUAUAAACUAACCAGAGUAAGCACCGCCGCUCUCGUCACUUAAAGUGAGAGUUGUUUUGGUGGGAAGGGAUUCCUUUUACCACACACAACAAACAUUUGAACAAAACAAGGCUGCGCUGUGAUUGUUUAAUUUCUAUUAUCUUGUUUUUAUGAUCAUUGUUAGCCAAAAUUGUGAUUGAAAUUGAAGCUGAAUUAACUGCCUAACACUACAGCAUUGGGUUUUGUAAGUUGUGCAAUGCUGUAGGGAUACUCUUGCCUAAAAAUCCGUUUUAGUAGAUAUAAGAAAAUGUGUUAGGCACAGACCAAGGCAGCAGAAAAUUAAAGAUGAUACAAUGGACUUAUCACAGCAAAUCUUAGGAAAAAACUUGAGCACACAAGUCACUUUUUUGAAUUUAGUAAAGUCCAAAGAAAGGACUAAUGUUUUUAAAUGCACGCUGUUUUCAUCAACACUUUGACUCUGACUCCAACGCAACCUUUAAGUGUCUCCAGUUGUCUGAGACCACUUAUCUCAACUUGUGAAGGGGCUGAAGUGCAAGAGACUCCUGUUAACUUGUAAUGCAAAAGGUCAUUCCCACUGAUCUUGUAGCUUAUUGCAUUCACAAUAUCCCUCAAAAUCCAAUGCAGUUCUUCAUUUCAUGCAGCCAUAUCUUGCACAGUUUAGUCAGAUUAAGAGCUUAAGUAAAGAAUCAUUAGUGCCUUCUGUAUACCUUCAAACACAUAGACUUUAACUGUAAUCAUGAGAACGUUGGACCUUUCUGCAGAAUGAAGGCUGAGAAACAUUUUUGCACGUUGCUGUUGUUCUGAAACAGCUCUGACAGUAUUUGUGCCUAGACCACAGUUAAGGCUGAUUUUUCUGAGAUUAUGAUGAUAAAAAGGGUGUUGGAAAAAGGUGUAUCUAAAGUAAACGUUCAAGAGAGAGGUGAAAAUACCAAAAACAAGCUUUUCUAGUGUCAUUCUGAGCUGCUGCUAAAUUAAGAUGGAAAAAGAGAGCAUUGAAGUGUUUGUGUGUUUCUGGUAAUGUCAUGUUUGUUAAGGUUAGUAAAUGUACUCUUAAUGACGUCAGUGAAGGUCUAGUUUGUGUGUUCAUCGCUGUAACCUCCAGUCAAAGCCCCUCUCGGUCUGUAUGGUCCAACCAGUCCUUAUACAACCUCUAACUUGUCUGCUGUGAUCAGGGGAUGUCUGCAGGUUUAUCUGCAGGGUCAACCGGGCUUCAUUCCAAAACUAUCACAGUAUGUUUACAUGCUCUUGUUCAAAUAGGAUGCCUUAGUGUAGAAAUGAAGCUGCUUCAACAGAGCCAGAGCUUUGUAAAUGUACUAUAAAGUUAUAGAAAAAUAAAAAAAUAAUAGAGUGUAUGGUUUAGAGUUUUGGAGGAUGCAGGUAGAGCUGGGUGUUUAACCUGAAACAUCCUGUAUAACAGGAAUCAAAAAUGGGGGGAAAAGGUGCCAAAAGGUUGCAUGAUCUGUGUAGUGAGAGUCAUAACCAUGCAUUUAGGCCACCUGCGGGAUGACAGAAAAUGAUGACAAACAAAAGCAGUAUUUGGCAGUGUGUCAGAACUCUUUUUAAAUGUUGUUGAACCACAAAAAAAACAAUACGGUGUUUGCCUCAGGAAGACUUAAAGGGGUCAUAAUGUUUUUUUUUUUCUUUGAGACUAGUGAACUUGGGAGGCUUGGAUAAAAAUACAAGUACUCUCUUGCUUUUCUUAUAGCCCCUUUAAACUUCCAAAAAAUAAUUAUGUAAGAAAGAAAUGCCGUUAUCUAAAUGUAGUCAAAAUUUGUUUGUUUAGAUUCAGAAAAAGUUCAGCAGAAUAAUCUACUAUUGUGAGAUUAUCCUGGGCCAGUAUCAUUUUUCCCUUUUCAUUGUCUUAUUUCAUUAUGGCAAAUUUUUUUCAAAGUUGCAUGUUUAUUCACCUUAUGUGGCCCUGCUCAGGCUUUCUCCUCUCAGAUGCAAUUAUGUGACAGCUUUAGCUUUUAACAUCGGUGAAACGAUGUGGUCCAAACACUGGAAAAGGCAGAUAAUUUUUUUACCAAAAUUUAUCAGUGAUCGGUUUAGUAAAAUGCAGAUACAGAUUAUAAGACAAAUAUUUAAUCUCUGCCCUGAUAAUCAGACAGGCAGAUUAUUGAUCGAGCCCUUAGAAUGAAUAUGAUUGAUGGCUGGCUUAAUGAAAUCUUAGAGAUGCAACGAUUGUGAGAAUUUGGAUUGAUAAUGAUACCAAAGUUUUUCCAUCUCCUCUUCUGUGCCAAUGUUUUCUCUGGAGUUUGGCCAACAGAUGACCUCUUCCACUAAUAAAAAAAAAAUCCUGCUUUGUUCAGCAGGUAGGUGAACCAGAUGGGCUGCAUUAAAUGGAUUACACACAACAGAUACACAUCAGCUAUUGACAUCUGUUCAUGCCCCAUUAUUUGCUGACGGUCAACAGAGUCAAUAUUGGCUGAUACCAAUGUUAAACCAAUGUAUCCGUUUGUCCCAGAGAAGUUUCCUUUAAAAAUCAUGCACACCAACUAGCUAGCUAACAAGCUAAAAAUAGAUUCACCAUGACUACUGAAAGUUAAAGCACAACAGUAAUCCCUGUGUUACCAUGGAACAUAAGGUGAAUACAACAUGUAACAUUUAGAAUACCGGCUGACUUAAUAUAAUCAAACAUAAAAAAAAAAUCCUUAUUUUUGAAGUUUUUAUUAUGAAAAGAAAGGAAAAUACCCAGCUCUAGCAGCAGAGUGGUGUGCUUUUACUCAUUACCGUAUUCCCUGUAGUAAUGCUGCGUCAUAAAUAGUUUUCCCAUGAAGAGAAGAUGAAGAUUCCCUUUAGUUCAGAGAUAAAACAGUAUGCAAACACCUGUAAGAUUCAGUAUUGUCUCAGUGUUACUGCUGUAGUAAUUUUCUAUGAAAUCCAAACUUUUUCUUUAUACAUAUUUCACUGUUCUUCUGAAUGUACAUAGAUGGAUGUAUAUAGAUUUUAGGUGUAUGUCUGGAUGUGAGUGAUAAUCCUCAAUAGCAGCAGAGGGUGUCGAUUAUUUACUUUCAGACGUUCCGAUUUAUGAUAUCCUCCAGGAAGUAGACACAUUGCACAUGACUGUGAAGUCAGCUGAUGCCUUAGAUGUCCCUCUACUGCGCCUGUAGUGAAUCUGUGUGGUAUUUAAUCUUUGUGUGGUGUUUGGCACUGGGUUUAACUUGAGCUCCAUGUGGCGGCUGCUGAGCCAAUAAUACCCUGUUAUUUCUGUAUGUCGUGAAGUUUUUUCUUUUAUUUUCUUUUUUAUUUCAUGGAAUUUUAAUAGUCAUUUUAACUGUUUUUAAGUUUUUGUGUGGAGGUACAAAGUAUUCAAAAGCGUCUGUCUUUAUUAUUGUUAGUCUGUAGAAUAAACCCAUCUCCCCAGUUCUCCUUCAGUACCUGAUGGAUCUUGUUGCUCUCUGCUGAAGAGUUUUACUCGACUUUAGAAAGAACUGAGAUGAGGUUAAGCUUGACAGUGCUUCUGUUUUUAAAGUUAUAAUCCUUAUUUUUAUGAUCUGAUCCUGCAAUACUUGAUUUUAUAAUCCUUGUGACUCAUUAUGGCACUUCGAAGUCAUACUUGGGAAACAAAAGGAAAACUGUAUCAGAAGAAAUUUAUUGCAAGUCAAAUCACUACCAGGGCAACCCAAGAAUAAUUGUCCACUUUUUAAAAUUCACAUAUUGAUAUAUCCAUAUAUCAAACAAGAGAAAAUGAGAGAAUUCUGCUCGUGCACCCCUUUAGUAAGCACUCUGGGUGAGAUGUGAUGUCUCCUGUUAAAUCUGAAGCAUCUGGGGCACAGAUGCCACAUGUACGUGGGUGGCUCAGGUUUACACCCUGUUGCUCCUUUCCCUUAUGUUGUUUCCCACUGUCUCGCCUUGGGCUAGAUUAAACUAAGGCUCAACAUUUUUAAAUAUCAAAUUGCUAUUAUUUUCACUCAUGUUGCAAAUACAACCUCAUUUAUGUUGUGCAAAAACAAGAGAAUUAGUAUUUUUGGAACACUUUAGUGAAAAAAAAAAACAGACACUUGAAUGUUGUCAUGACGUACAGGUCAUAUUAACUCUUCGGCUGCUGCAAAAAAUUGUACUAAACUGGUAUUUUGAAUUUUAAUAUUUUGUAUCUUCUGCAAUCUGAAAAUUGCAGUUGGACAUACUGCCAUCAAAAUUUCAAUUAAUUGCCCAUCUUUAAUUUCAUAAUUGUUACAGACUCUGUCCAUUGAUCUCCUGUUGCAAAGAAAUCAAACUAGAAUCAAAACUUGCAAAUAGUGGGUUAAUUUUAUACUAUCUACUGUUUUUUUUUUCAAAGAAGUGCUUGACAGACUUCUCCUAAUCCUGAUGCUAAAUAUCAUGUCUGCUUAAGCAGAAUAUGGCUGUCUUUAACUAACAUUACUGCCCCAGAACAUUGAGUGACAGCUGACAGUGAUCAUAAUCUGAUCAUUAAGUAACAGGAACUGUCUAAUAUCAGCUAUUAAGUACUCACCUGUGCUGUAAUGAUGAAGAAUUUCUUGCUGCAAUAGCAUUAUUGAUCCAAACACAUCAAGAACACAAAACUAGCAGUACUUCUGUAGACUUUAAUCCUGGUGGCAGUGUAAGGAGAAGGAUUCUCCACUAAUGUAGAUAAACUGGUAUGUAAAGAUCACUGAUAUGAAAUUCUAGCUCUAGCUGUUCUGAUUUUACUGAUUUCUAUGCAGUUCGAGGCACUAUUUAAGGGUCCAGUGUGACAAAAACUUGGGUUGUUUUGAAGAGAUGGAGAAUAAAAUGCACGGUGCUGCAGUUCCAUGUAGUGGUCAGUGGUAGCUGCGACUGUCUUUUUUUUUUUUUUGCCCUCACACCCACUGAGCAGUCACUUGAGUGAAAGCUAUGAAUAGCUGCCACCAAAAAGCUAAUUGAGCAGUCCUCUAUAAAAGCUUUGUUUUUACAACAGUGGCUGCAAAUAAAAGUGAAAUUUGGCAAAACAAAACUCCUAACCAGGCACUCAAAAGAUGUCAUAUCCACGGCUAUGAGAAUCUUUCUGAUGGAGUCGGGUGAAGUUACAUGCUAGAUUAUUUAGCACACGUGCAUUGAAGUGUUGACAAGUAGUAGUGUUGCCUCAGCAUAAGAGUAGUUUUCGUCUCUGCUUGCUCUCCUCUGCAGUUGGCUUGUAAACAUAGCAAUGCUGCAGGUUUUGCAAUAGUACUCGUUAAUGUGCAUAUGUCUUGUGGAGAUGUUCUCUAGAGGAACACUAUAGCUAGUAACCUGUCAAUAAAAGAUCAGUUUAAGGAUUGUAACUUUAUUAUUACUAAUGUGGGUAAGUGGGAGAUCCAUAAAGCAGAAAGGAUUGUAUUUUAUCAUUUUUCUGUUGAUAAGAUAGAAGUCCACUUCUUUGUGGUUUUUAUUAUGAUGCCUCUAAAUGGAGGCGAAUACUUGAUACAGCAUCUAUGAUUUCCUUCAGAAGGGAUCAAACCAUUUCUCCUCUCUCAUGCCUCAUCCUGUUUUUCUUCUCUUAACCUCUCAUGUCAUAGAGUGAAUUAGUUUUCAUUUCUGAUAAUGUGCAAGAUUUUCCCGUUGCUGCUGCUAGUUCAUUCUUCCCUCACGGGCACAAAAACAUGAAAAACAGUUCCUGCACGUUAAUAAGAUUGGACCAGACUAACGCAGACAUUCAUCAUGACUCAUUAUCUGCUCUGUUGCUUUGGUGAACCAGAAAUCAAGGCUUAACUCCUUCUUGCAUGAGGGUAAAUGAUCUGUACUACUUGAAGUUUGCAAUUAGCACUUACUCUGUACUAUCACUCAGAAAUAGAGAGGCUUUUGAAUGCUGUUACUAUUGUUUCCAUUAAAAUUAGCAGAAAGUCAUGGGUCAUGUCAUAGUUUUUCCUGCUCUGUGAAUUCUCCUCCAUCUUGCAUGUUUAUUUUUGUAUGAUUUCAUAAACAUGUUGUUGAUUCCAUGUAAUCAUGUUUAAAAUUCAUCUUCACAUGUCCUUAUAAAUGUUGAUUUGUGUCUAAACAUGAAUUUUACUCUGAAUAUUUCCAGUUGAUUAUGAAUGGAAACUAUCACUACCAUUGGAACUUGGUGAUCUUGGAAUUGGAUGUUUCUCGUGUGUUUUGGUCUGUUUUUUCUCUGUCAUAAUGAAUUUUAAAGCAAAGAUAAUUUGCUGGAAAAAAAUAUUCUGAAUAUAAAUAUGGAAAUUAAUUGCUUGGGUUGUUAUAUCUCAUAUGCUUUAAUCCAGAAAUUGCCCAAAUGCAUACUAGAUGAAGUCAUACAGUUCCAAGGUCACGUUGAUUAUUUUCCUUGUUUUGUUUCUUCUUUUUAGUCACAUGAUUGUUAUUCUGUAUGUAACGUCUCCAUAAACCACCUGAUCUGUCCUGUCUGCCUCGAAGAGACAUCUGAAGCCUCUUCUUCACUUUUCUGAACGAAUAGUUGGAGUGCAGACGAGACAGUGAAAGUGGUUUGAGGAUUUUUUUUAGCCCAUGUUUCCCUUGUAUAAAAUUCAAAUAAAGCAAUGUUAACUCAA